CGAACAGACCCGGAUUCUGCGGGUGAUCCUUGCAAAAAUUAUCGUAUCACUAACAUCGUUUCUCUCCCCUGUACCUUGAUGGCUCUCUUUUCGACUUACUCAGAAGUUAUGAUUGAUCCAAGCAUAUGAAAUAAUGGACAACAGUACAAAGCAUCUUAAAUUCAAAAAUAUUAGUGUGUAUAUUGGUAAUAAACAGAUUUUACAUGAUGUUAGUGGCAUUGCAGAGCCAGGAAAGUUAUUGGCCAUUAUGGGACCCAGUGGAGCAGGAAAAACCUCAUUGUUAAAUAGCUUGGCAGGUAGACACACAAUAACAUCAGGGGAAAUAACUCUCAACAAUUCACCAUUUACCAAGGAUUGGAAAAGGAAGAUCUGUUAUGUACUACAACAGGAUGUUUUCUUUGAGACUUUGACGCUCAGAGAAACUCUACAAUUUGUUGCCAAUAUGAGAUUACCAGACAGCCUUACCAACGAAGAGAAACAGAAGUUUUUGGAUGGCAUUAUCAAUGACUUACACCUGAAAAAGUGUCUAGAUACAUUAGUUGGAGGUGGAAUGAUACCAGGUUUAUCUGGUGGAGAGAGAAAGAGAGCCAAUAUUGCCUGUGAAAUGUUGACAGAUCCUUCCCUCAUUUUACUAGAUGAACCAACAACUGGUUUAGAUGCCAGUACAGCUUACAGUUUGAUUCAGACUCUCAAGACGUUGGCACAAACCAAGAAUAAGACAAUCGUAGCAACCAUACACCAGCCAUCAUCUAAAAUGUUUUAUCUUUUUGAUAAACUUCUGCUGCUAUGUAAUGGACAGAUGGCAUACUUUGGCGAAACUAGACUUGUUGUGGAUCAUUUUGAAGAUGCAGGAAUUCCAGUGCCAUCGCGGUACAACCCAGCUGACUUUAUUAUGGAAAAGAUGAAAGAAAGAGGUGAUGUGCAGGACAAAAUAAUUACUGCAGGAAAGAAGAUCAAGAAAACGUUAAGUUUUGAAGAGGAAACCUACAGUAAUGAUCCAGGCUCGCCCUCAAUGGAUGGACAAUUUGACUUUGAAUUUAAAGCCCCUUCAAAGACAGAGAAAGUGAAAUUCUGGAAGAAGAAAUCUCAGAAAGAAGAAAAUGUCCAUUCAAGUUUAAUGGAAAUAGAUAAAGAUUCCAAAUUGAACAUAGGAGAGACUACAAAAUGGCCUACAGGAUUUUUUACACAGUACUCUAAUUUGACAAUUAGAUCAUUUAAGUUGUCAAAGGGCAGAAUUCUGGAUAAAACAAAGAUAAUAGAAAAUGUUAUUAUAUGUGCUAUAGUUAGCCUGAUUUGGUUCCAACUUCCAAGAUCUGAAGACACACUAAGAGACAGAAUGGGUGCAGUAUUUUUUAUUGGGAUGCACUGGGGAUUUAUUCCAAUGUUUGACGCUGUUACUUCAUUUCCAUUAGAGAAAAUUGUAAUAAACAAGGAGAGGGCAGGAGGCUGGUAUAGGUUGUCAGCUUACUUCCUUGCCAAGUGUACCAGUGAGCUCCCCUUGAUACUAUUACAGCCACUGUUCUUUGUCACAGUGGCAUAUUGGUGUAUUGGACUAAGUGGUGUGGCUAAAUUCUUUGCAACCAUGGGCACUGUGUUUAUAACAGCUUUAGCUGGCCAGAGUAUAGGUUUAUUUCUUGGUGUAGUUAACACAGAUAUGAGACAAGCCAUUACAAUAACUAUACUUAUACAAAUGGCCAUUAUGUUGCUAGGUGGUUUAUUUACUAGAACAUUACCAUUGUGGUUAGAUUGGACAAAAUAUUUAUCCUUUAUACAUUAUACAUUCCAUUCACUGAUGUAUUUAGAACUCAACAAUGGACCAGCAGUCGGAUGUUCGUCACAGCUUAAUUCCACCGUAUUUCCGGUGUGCAGAGAAGCAAAUGCUACAAUGAUCCCAUCUGAAAUCCUCCUUGAAUAUUAUGGUAUCAAGUGGAAUUACUGGCAGUAUCUCCUUCCAUUGUUAGUUAUUAUAGUAGUUUUCAGGUCUUUGUGUUAUAUAAUAUUAAGAUAUGUCCACAGACCGGUGUGAUACAAUUUAAGUAUUUUCUGUAUGUAUACGAAUUAUCUUUGAGAUUAAUUGUUUUUUUCUCAUUCUUAGAAUUAUGAUACUGUAAAUGAUUAGGGGUGCCAGUUUUAUAGGAUUCAACUAAUCCAAAUACACACAAAGAGCUACAAACCUUUCAAUGAAAUGUUUUGUUGAAAACCAUGAAUUAAUAAAUGCAUGAGAAAAGGAUUUAGUUUUAGUAUAAGAUAUUUUCAUAAGAUCUAAAACUAUAUACAAAAUUUGAUAUUAAGGGCUUGCAUCAGGAUAGUAGAACCCUAAAUUUUUCACAUAUUUUUGCUGUUUGUCAACAAUUUUUGUGUAAGCAAAAAUGCCAAAAGUGUUGAUAGGACUCAAAUGAAAACAUGUACAGUUUUUGUACAUAAUAUUUUAAUGUGCAUAUCUUUUUAUUGUAAAGCUGUUUUUGUUAAUGCUACAAAGUUGACAAUCAAAAACAUUUUUAAACGUCUCAUUCUGAAAUAAUAUUUGGCUAUAGGUAGUCAGACUUCUUUCAGUCUGGUGAUAAUAAGCUUAAAAGAUCAAUGAUGUAUUAUUGGCUUGCAAGACAAUAUUUCAACUCAUUUGUAUCUUUAUUCAUGUUAUAAAUUUAUUCAUUUUAUUCAUGCCAACUUCAAUUUGACCCUUUAUUUGGAUGUACUAAUCAUGUUUAAUUAUUAAAAAGACAAUAAUAAAGUCAAAAUUGAAAAAGUGAAACACUCAGAAUAUCCCUUCUUUGAAAGAGUUGUAUUUGCCAACAAAAAAUCUUUCAAAUAAUGUUAAAACAAUGAUUUACAUAAUACAGCUUAGGGGCAUUAAGAUUGACCCUUGUCCAUCUGUACGUAUGUCCAUACAUCCUGAAAUUGGUUUCUGUCCUCUAUCUUUGGUUUACCUCAACCAAAUGUUAUCAAACUUGAUAUACACAAUGUUUAUUUCUACAAAACACAGAUCAAGUUUGAAUUUAGGUGGCGUCACUUUAACCAUUCUAAAGUCAUGCCUCUUUAAAAAUCUAAAAAUUUUGCAAUUUUUAGUUUCCAUUUUGUUGCUUAAGUUUGCCCCUAACCAAACAUGAAAUCUAUACAGGACUUAUUACCUCAAAACUAAGAUAAAGUUCAAAUUUGGGUAGCAUCACUUUUAUUGUUUGAGUUAUCUUCCUUUAUAAUGUUGUAUGCAAGCAGGGGCAUCAUCUGUGUCAAUGGGGACACAUUCUCCAUUAUUUAAAAAAAAAAUCUAUGACAUUUGAUCAAGUAGACUUAGAAGGUUCAUCAUUAUUCAAUUGCACGUGCUUGCCAGUGUAUUUAUUUAUAUGUAUUAUAUGUUAACAUCAGGUAUAUGACCUACAGAAUUCUUUGCAGAUCAUAAAAGGGUACGUUGUAUUAUACUGUCAUAUUCCUGUUCAUUGAUUUGACUCAAAAUCUCAUAUUUAUUUACACCUUGCUAAAAGAAUUCAUUGAUGGUGUUGUCAAGGAUUGGUAUAUUCUAACUAUACAAAUCCUUGGUGUUGUUAUGUAGUAUUUAAGUGGUUUUUUUGUCAGGCCUUUGACUUUUGUCUCAUAGGGAUAGUGAUUUGGCAGUUAUGGCCGCAGCGGAGGAGUUGGCGUCAACUUACUUCUUAAAAGCUUCAUAUUUUAAAAGGUGGAAGACCUGGAUGCUUCAUACUUGGAAAUAGAUGCCUUAUGUUACGAAGUUUCUGUCAGUCACAUGUCCAAUGUCCUUGACCUCAUUUUCAUGGUUCAGUGACUAGUUGAAAAAAAGUUAUGAAGUUUUGUAAUGUUAAACUGCCUCUUAUUAUAAGUAAUAGGAUAACUAUAUAUGUGCAUACCCUGCAAGGUCCUCAUGCCCAUCAGACAGUUUUCACUUGACCUCGACCUCAUUUCAUGGAUCAGCCAACAAGGUUAAGUGUUGGUAGUCAAGUCCAUAUCUCAGAUACUAUAAGCAAUAGGUCUAGUAUAUUUGGUGUAUGGAAUGAUUGUAAGGUGAACAUGUCUAGCUUGCAGGCGUCAUCUGACCUUGACCUCAUUUUUAUGGUUCAGUGGUCAAUUAGUUAAAUUUUUGAGUGUUGGUCUUUUUUUCAGUCGCAGUUUUUAUUUGACCUUGCUCAUUGCUCAGUUUUAAGUUUUUGUGUUUUGGUCUGUUUUUCUUAAACUAUAAGCAUAAGGUAAACUAUAUUUGUUGUAUGGAAGAACUGUUAGCUGUACAUGUCUGCCUGGUAUGGUUCAUCUGACCUUGACCUCAUUUUCAUGGUUCAUUGGUCAAUGUUUAGUUUUCUUGGUUAUUGAAACUUUAUGCGACAGUUGUAAUAAAGCUUUAUAUUUAGGACUAUCAACAUAAUAUCAAUGAUAGGUAAAGAAGGCAAUACACUUUAGCGAGUGCACUCUGGUUUCCUAUCUGCCUGAAUUUUUGUUAAGAUUUAGCUGAUUCUUAAGAUCUAAUGUCAAUUAUACUCCUCACAUGUUGUCUGUUUUCUUGCCAUACUCUGUUGUCUGAUUUCUUUGUGGCUCAUUUGAAACCUAACUUUUAAAACUAUAAAAACUAUUUGAAUUAUUUUUAAGUUCAAUCACAAUUUAUGUAAAAAGAAUCUCAAUUUAUUUUUAUACUGUAGCUUUUGUUUGCCCGUACAAUAUUUUCAGUACUAGUUCUAUGGUUGAUAAUAUGUUUACUGGCCAAAGAAAUACAUUACAAUACCCUCAAUCUAAAACCAUCAAACCCUAUAAAUACUAGUGUUGUUGCCGUCUGGUAGAUGAAAGAUAACUAAUUGUGCAAGAAUCCACAUCACAAGCAAUGACCUAGACCUUGAAAAAAUUUGGUUGCAAGGUACACUUAAUUUGCGACUGGUCAGCACAUAUAAACUUGACCACGAAAUAGUGAUCAUGUAAAAGCAGGAUAUUUAAAGUUUUAAGUUUUAGGUAGUUCCCCAUGAGGUAAUGGUCACAUCCACUGGAAACUUAGUUCACAUGUUCAUUAAGGUGUUAGCUGUUUAAAUUACAAAUGUAUAUGUCAUAUUCAUGAUAUCAUAGUUCACUGAACAUGGUAUUGUGGUACUGUUACACAUAUUAUUGUUUUAUAAGGAUUGAUAUCAUAUCAUUAGAUUUAGAGUUUAAAAAGACAUCAGAGUUGUAAAUCUGAUCUUCUAAUGCAUUUUUUUUUAUUCUGUUUCCAUAUACAACCAUUAUUUGCUUUGUUUGCACCCAAAGAUAUAUUUAAGACUUUUGAAGCUGUGACUAAUUAGUCAGAAAUGAUUGGGGGAUAUGUCAACCAUUGUGUUAUGUACAUACUCAUGUUAUAUUUUGAUAUUUUCUUUUAGCCAAUGAUGUCUUAAUCUUGGUUUUAGCAUAAUAUGUUUUUAAUUAUAAAGAAUUUAUAUGUUGUUACUGAGAUUACAAUAAAUUUAUUACUACAUAAU